AAAGAAGAGAAAAAACGUGAGGAGACGCGGCGGGAUCCUUCGAAGAGCACCAAGGACAUCGAAAGAGACAAGAUGCGAACGAAGAGAGACACUGAGAACAAGCUUCUUGCCGAAAAGGAGAAGGCGAUCAAACACUUGUUGGACUCGGACAACGUAGUCCCACCUGGCACGGAAACUGAAGCCAUCCAGAGCAUCGCUGAGGAACAACAGAAU